AUGAAACUCUACUUCGAAGCAGCCAAGUUCGUCGACAACGAUAAGGGCAGCUUGAAAAACCGCAUCUUCAAUAGCAAACUUUCCAAUUCACCAAAACAUGUAUACGCUCUCGUCAUCUCCACGCUCAAGUAUAAGGAGCACAUUGACACCAUCAUCAGAAAGUCCCGUCUUAAAGAUGUGCCUCAGCUAAAGAAGCUCAAAGUCUCGGACGCCCUACUAUCACUUCUCGUUCAGGAUUUUCUUUUCUCGCCAAAGGGAAGAAUUCAGCUGGGAAAGCACCCCAUCAAGGAAGCCUUUCUCUUGAACAAGACGAGAAUGCAAGCUGAGCUCACGAAGCUCAAGCUCAAGCAUAAGGUUAAGUCUGUAACCGAGCUACCUUUGAAGGAGGGAUUUGAUGAUGAUGAAACUCCUGUGCGGUGGAUUCGUGUGAACACGUUGAAGACGACUCCCGAAUCCUUGAUGAAGAAUGCUUUCUUUUCUAAAUUGACCGAGGUGGGGUCAAUUGAGGACCUCACGAGUCCAGGGUUGAUUUUCAAGGACAAAAUCAUACACAACCUUUACGGCCUACAUCCAAGGGAGAAAAUCACAAGCACCCAAGCGUACACUCAUGGCGAGAUCAUCAUCCAAGAUCGUGCAUCCUGCUUCCCGGCAGAAAUACUCAAUAACGACCCUUCAGAUGUCCAUGUAAAUGUUAUAGAUGCUACUGCUGCUCCAGGUAACAAAACGACGCAUGCUGCCUCAUUUGUUACCAAGAACGAUGGAUUGGUGUAUGCAUUUGAAAGAGACAGCAAGAGGGUCAAUACACUCAAGAUGAUGUGUCAAAGAGCCACGGGUAAGGGUCGCAAAAAUCUUAUCCAGGUUGUCCAUGCUGAUUUCACCACGGUGAACCCAACAGAUUUUCCAUCUGUCACAGGGAUCAUUGUAGAUCCGUCUUGCAGCGGUUCUGGAAUUUUCGGCAGAGCCAUUGAAGAUGCCAAUGCAAACGAACAAAGUAAGGAGGAGACCGACGAAACCAGACUCCAGAAACUAGCGGGGUUUCAGUUCAAGAUCAUGAAGCAUGCGUUGUCUUUUCCCAAAGCUCAUAAGGUAGUCUACUCCACUUGUUCUAUUCAUCCCCAUGAAAACGAGAGAGUUGUUGUGGAUCUUCUCAGUGACCCUGAGGUGAAAAAGGCAGGGUGGAAGCUUGCGCCAAGAGAUGUUGUCAUUUCGUCGUGGCCAAGACGAGGAUGGGAAGAAGAAUUCACCUCAUUGAGCGAAGAUGGUGAAAUUCGGAAGCAGUACGCUGGAGGAUGCGUGAGAGCUGUACCCAAAGAAGAUGGGGGCAUCGGCUUCUUUGCAGCCUGUUUUGUUCGUGAUAAGCAGUAG